AUGUCUGAAGAAUCAUAUCCAUCAGUUAUUGGUAAAAUUAAUCAUUUGGCUUCUCAAAGAGAAAAACCAGUUUGUUUGAUUGCUGUAAGUAAAACAAAACCAAAGGAAGCUAUACAACAUUUAUAUAAUGUAUACAACCACCGUGUUUUUGGUGAGAAUUAUAUUCAAGAACUUCAUGAAAAAGCAACAGAAUUAGAAGAAGUAUGUCCAGAUAUUGAAUGGCAUUUUAUUGGUAGAUUACAAUCAAAUAAAUUGAAGCUUCUUGUUUCUACACCUCAUCUUAAGUGUGUUCAGACAGUUCAUUCAAUAGAAAUUGCAGAGAAAUUAAAUAAAGCAUGUAUCAAUGCAAAUAAAACUAUUGAUGUUAUGGUCCAAAUAAAUAGUAGUGGUGAAGAGCAAAAAGGUGGUGUUUCUGUUGAGGAAGCAAUAAGCGUUGUUAAAGAAGUAAUGAAAUGUUCAAAUCUUCAUUUCAUUGGUAUUAUGACAAUUGGAAUGGUUGGUGAUUCUAAAAAGAAUUUCACAACUAUGAAACAAUUAGCUGAUACCAUCUGUUCCCAAGAACAUUUAGGAUCAAUUGAAAUUUCAAUGGGAAUGUCAUCUGAUUAUGAACAGGCUAUUGAGUUAGGAGCUACAAUGGUUCGAGUAGGAACUGCUUUAUUUGGUGCACGUGAUUAUUCGAAGCAUCAAUAA